AUGUCCUGCUUCCGGAUUCUGGAUUCCGGAUUCCGUAUUCCGGUUAUUGGAUUCUGGGUUCCGGAUUCCGGAUUCCGGAUUCUGGAUUCUGGGUUUCGUAUUCCGGAUUCCGUAUUCCGUAUUCCGUAUUCCGGAUUCCGGAUUCCGGAUUCCGGAUUCUGGAUUCUGGGUUUCGUAUUCCGGAUUCCGUAUUCCGUAUUCCGUAUUCCGGAUUCCGGAUUCCGGAUUCUGGAUUCUGGAUUCCGGAUUCUGGAUUCUGGAUUCUGGAUUCCGUAUUCCGGUUACUGGAUUCUGGGUUCCGGAUUCCGGAUUCCGGACUCUGGAUUCUGGGUUCCGUAUUCCGGAUUCCGUAUUCCGUAUUCCGGAUUCCGUAUUCCGGAUUUCGGAUUCCGUAUUCUGGAUUCUGGAUUCCGGAUUCUGGACUUUCCGGAGAAUAAUAAUAAUAUCGUUGUAAUCAGCCUGAAAACAUAUUUUUUCAUUGCCUGUAACUUGUACUUCCGUCUGAACAAAGUCAAAAGACCCCUGGAACUCUGCAACACAGCGCCGAAAACACGAAAACGUCGUAGUCGAAAAGCAAAGAAGAAUCUCGAAGAAGAAGAUUAA